GUGAAAAUGGCAGCAUCAACAGAGAGUGCCUCUUCACUUCAAACAGUUAAAUCAAGUGAAGAUGGAGACUUUAAACAAAUCAAACGAAGGCCAAAUAAGCGAAAACUACAAGAAGAAUCUUCUGAAUCACAACCACAGACGAUGGACACGACAGAAUCUCCACCUAAGCGACCACAUUUCCCACCCAUUAGUGGUGAUAAACUGACAGGAGGAAAAACUGACAUCAGAAAAAUACCUGUUCCAAACAAUCGUUAUACACCACUAAAAGAAAACUGGAUGAAAAUAUUCACACCAAUAGUGGAGCACUUACAUCUGCAGAUCAGGUUUAAUCUGAAAAGCAGAAAUGUAGAAAUCAAGUCAUGUAAAGAUACAAAGGAUAUAGGCGCUCUACAGAAAGCUGCUGACUUUGUCCGAGCAUUUUGUCUAGGUUAUGAAGUAGAUGAUGCUCUAGCACUUGUUAGAUUGGAUGAUCUCUACCUAGAGUCGUUUCAAGUUCAGGAUGUAAAGCCACUGAAAGGAGACCACCUGGCUCGAGCCAUAGGCAGAUUGGCCGGCAAGAAUGGAAAGACAAAGUUCACCAUAGAAAAUGUCACAAAGACGAGAAUUGUUUUAGCAAAUAAUCAUAUACACAUAUUAGGAUCCUUCCAGAAUAUUAAAAUUGCCAGAACAGCCAUAUGCAGUUUGAUAUUAGGAAGUCCCCCAUCUAAAGUGUAUGGAACAAUGCGGACAGUGGCAUCAAGAUCUGCUGAGAGAUUUUAAGUUAUUAAAUUCUGUUAAAAAGUA